AUAGUUGUGAUACGGUGCUGCGGUCGAAGUUCAGCUCCACUCGUCUGAAUUGACUUAGGUUCCGUCUCAUCCCGACAGAACUGCCAGUAUAAGCCGUCGCCGUUUUGGACAGGAUCAGAAAUCAGGUCGGAUCACCGAGAGACGGCGGCGGCGGCAGCUGCUGCCGCUAUUGCAACGGGACAGCGACAGCUUUAUGAGUCCGGUACGAAUGCCAACAAUAGCGAUAUUAACGACGGCGAUACAAAGAUAGCAGUAGGGGGCAAGAUGCAGCGAGCGAUCUUGCAGCUUUUGCGGCGCCUCUAAUGCUACUGUCGCCGCCGCCGCUGUCGUCGUCGUCGUCGUCGUCGUCGCCGUCGCCGUCGCCGCCGCCGCCGCCGCCGCUGUUGCUACUGCGAAGACGACAACGGGACGAAAAGCGGCCCGAAAGCGGAAUUGCUUGUGAACAACGUUGCGUUUCUUGAGGAAUGACCUGAGUUUUAUUGCGCUGCUCAGGACGCUGUUACAUCCUGGCUGGCCAGGAUAUCAAAUAUAUCUUUCAUUAUUGUUUGGUGCUUCAGCGGUUUGUUGAUGGUUAAUUCCAAUUCGCGCAUUAAUAGAUCUCUUCUGAGGCUGACCGAAGCUCGUGCACUCGUUAUGGCGCUCGAGCGGGCACCAUAAUAAGCGCUGCGAUAUUAUGAAUUCGGGUGCGUGUUAUGUGCUAUAGAUUAGGUGAGGUGCUGGUCUUUGGAUCUUGAUCGGUUACUAGUUCAGUUGGUGCCUAACGGUUUGCCUUGCUCGUCUACUCAACACCAGCUUCAUUUACAAUGAAGUGCUGCUUGACUAACGAGCAAACCCCAUCCGUCCUCCCGACCCUAAUCGCUACAUGUGAAUGCUAAGCGGUACAUUGCUAAUAUCGAGCGCCGGUCGGGCGAACGCUACGAAAUUCCGUAGCGGCGCGAAAUCGUUGCCCAUUUCGUACUUCUAGCGUACUCCUAACUGUGCUAGGUCGCGAGUUUCACGGUGGUUUUAUGUGUCACAGUGUCCAUCGCGGAUGAAUAAUAAUGCUUUCGAGUUGAAUGGAGUGUUGUUCUAUUACGGUUGUUUUUUAUUUAUAGACUUUUGGCAUAUUUAUCUGGCUAUGAAGAAUCGGAGCUCGUUUAAGAGUACAUUGAGUACUAUGUCGAAUGCAAGAGUUGUUUACAACACUUGCGUAUCAGUCAUGAUGUAAUAUUAUUAGUUUGUCUGGGUGCUUCUUGUAAUUCGAACGUCAUCCUUCAGUGAUUUGGCGGGUGUACAAGCCCGCGAAACUAACAAAAACCUCGAUCCUUAGCUAUACUUAUGGUAACUUUCUAUCACUGCUAAAUGCAUUCGAAUCCGUUUGCCUCACACAGGCCUAUUCGCCUGUUAUAUAAUAGCCGUAUAUGCCCAUUUUAACUCAUCUGUUCCUUGUCGAUAUCAGAGAACAGCACAGAGAGGGUCAACCGCGAAGAUAACCGCUCACUCAGCCAGAGCCAACAGGGUCAGCUGUUGGCAAGCUCGAAUCCGAGUCGGCAUCACUUGCAAUAUGUAUGUGACGCUAUAAACCGUAAGCAACGUGCGUUAGCAAACAACAGUGAAAACUCUGAACCCGCCUGUUCGUCCAUACAUUUCGUCCGUCCUUGACGCCAAGCCAAUUUAUUGUUGAUCUUCCACUUGAUACUGUUGACGCGGCAAACGCGUGCUAAUCCUGCGGCAUCUGUUAAAUGCUAUUUGUCCGUCCAUCUGUCAGUGCAACUAUCUGUCGACGGGAGAAACAGCUCCUGACCGCUGAAGCGAGUGACCUCAAGACGUACCGGCGCCAUCGCGGCGAUCAGCCACGCACAAAUGGCCUCAAACCACCAUAAUAAAACUGGUCGUGUAAUAGCGUAGCGGCGUAUCGGAAGCUGAAGCCGUCGGCGGAACAGUGUUGAAUUUAUAUCGUUCUGUAUAACGACACCAUCUGCAGCGACUGCUGUUAGAGUUUCAGACCUGCAGGUUUUAACAGAUCGGAUCUGCCAGCGGCACUGACCUGACUGAUCGUUCGUUUCCUAAUGGUAACAGAGACUUGCCGACGACGAUGUCCGCUUGAACGGGCGAAUGACCGAUUGAGUCCGUCAGCCGAAUAGUGUGAAUCUGUGCUGAUAUGCCUCUUAGCUCUGUAUGUAUAUGUGCUUUGGUCACGGCCCGCCUCGUCCGUCAGAGUCGCGAGGGGUCGUACAGUGUGGACGGGGGUACGGCUGUUAUCUGAAACAAUGCCCAACGGCAGCAUUGGGACGUAAAAUUCGAAGCAUUAAUUAGGUAGUGCAAUUGGCAUAAUCCACUAUGUUUGUUCACGUUAUAUCCACACUACUUCCCUGAGAGGUGAGACGUUUUGUCGCAUCUCUUGCUGUUUUGUCGUCCUCUGGCAAUGAAGGGCAGUGUCGAUUUACUCGACUAGAACGAGAGCUGGACCAAGUUCGAUUUUAUCCACAGAAUGAAUAGGUGGUAAAUAGCUUGACUGAAUAGAAGUGUGAUCUUCGUCUGCUGUGUGGGCGAAGGAUGCAGCCGGUAGAGAACAAGAUCUUGGGGACUCUUCGACUCGUUUUCCUUAUCGUGUUCUGUGGGAUCACAAUACUCCUCGUAUUAGUUAAGUGUUGAAAGAAUUUUGUAAUAGAAUAUGAAACAGCACAUAACAUCUGUGGGGUCGGCAGGAUACGACGCUUUAGAAAGUCUUUCGCUGCUGACUGUUUCGUCGUUGAGUUCAGCUCUGAGGGACGAUGUCAGCCAGACAUUUUCGCCUGUACUUCGGCAUCUGUUGUGGCCAUUUGUGUCGACUCUGUUAGGUCGCAUUUCUGCAGGUCAUUGCAUAGAUAUGUGUAGAAGUAAACACCAAAGAGAUUGUCGGAGAGGGUGCGUGUGCAUGUAAGCAGAGCGUCAUACAUAAACAAACAAAGGAAAAAACAUAGCCAGCCAGGCAAUCAGCUGUGGCAAACGAUACCGGGAAGACAGCCAGACGAAUUAGAUAAACCAAUCGACAGUCGCAUAGAUGGAGAAACGGAGCGCAAGACAAUAGGCCGUUAGUAAGACAGAGUGACGGCGUAAGAAGAGCAUUCGAUCACCAGUUAGCUCAGACUUCACGCGGGUGAACUCCCCCCGCGAGAGCAAGCAGUUUGUAGUGCUUCUUACGUGAGGAUAUUUCGGAAUACACCAGCACAAAGAGGCAUUCCUCAUCCUUGACCAUUGUCGUUCACCACCAGCUGAAAUAAGCAUGAGCAUAGGACAAACGCUGGUUUGAUUGUGCGGGGAAGGAACACAUUGUCGUUCCCGCCCGUUAAAGCGUCGGUUGAACGCCCCGUGUUCGUUGUGAAAGAUUUGUGCAGAGAAACAAACAAGUGACCCAAACGGAGUAUUGAGGUGUACCAUACAGUGACUUUUGUGAGGGUAUAAAGCUUUCGAUAUGACAUAUACGUGGAAAAUAGGAUCACUAUGUGUUCAUGUUUAUGAGCUGUGAGUUAGCUGUGAGUGCGCCUUGGAAAUCUGCCUACAAGUUAUUGAGUGUCGGAUUGUGUUAAUGAUGACUGUAUCGAAGGUUUAGAGAGUGGGGUUUAUGCCUCCGGAACAUGUCGACGACGGAUUUUUGGACUGCGCCAAAAGCCAGGGCAGAAAAGCGCGGCUGGCAGAGAUCUUCGUCAUUGUUGUUCGCUUCAUAUCAUUACUGUUAUUUGAAUAGGUCUUGGAAGUUAGUGCAUGAAGAGAAUCAGGUAGUUCGUAGCGUUAUUGCACCUUUGUUUGCCGUUGUUGUUGCUGUUGCUGCUACUCAUCUUCGAUCUGCCACCUCCGUUUCCGAUCGCGGUUACCAGAAUUGCCAUUAUUACUACUUUCGCCGUCAGUCGUUAAGAGACUAAUUUCUUAUAGCGAGUUCUAAAAAAGUCGUGUGGUAACUAGUAUAAAAUCGGUGAUGCUACGACCAGUAGGUCGUCUUUCGAACGGCUAGCAGAAGCAGCGUAACGCCACAGGGCAGACGAAGUCUUGCAAGCUGCGAACCUCAGUUAAAAAAUACCGCAUAGGACCCAUAGGUUGUGACGGCUGCAGGUACAUCUGCAGCAGUCUGCUUCUGCAAAUACCAGGAACACUUGGCGCCCCAGUGGCUCGAGUCCACGCGGCCGCCCCUCUUCCGGGCGGCAAAGCCCGGAACGCGAGUCAGAUAGGUCGGGCGGUGGGCGUCGUCGCUAGGAGGUCGUCGAGGGCGGCGUGGCAAUUUGCCUCGCGCCCCCCGGCCUCUCGCCGCGACCCCCAACUACCGCCACCAUAGAUCCGCUGGCCAACCUGCUGUCCAGCUCUGGGUUGUCGUCAACCUCCGCCCCUUGCGCCCCCGUCGACCCGUCGCAAUCCUCCGAUGGCGCUCCGAACAGCAACGCCUCUCCUGGAGGUGGAGGCGGUGCCGGUGGAGGAGCUGGAGGUGGUGGACUCUCGCCGCCGACGCCGGCAGGUACCACGGCGACAACGAAUAGCACGGCGGCGAGCACGCUGUCGCCAGAUAACAGCAAUCAGGCUAACGCAGUCGGUGCCGCCGGCAACGUUAGCCGUUCUAGCGAGGGCGUCCUCGUCUCCACUGGAAUCGUCGGGUCUACUAAGUCGCCACCUGCGCUCGGACCUGUCCCAGGCCCAUCCCAGCACGGUCUACAACAGCAAACGGUGCAAACAAACGCGGCUGCGACCCCCGGCGCACCAGCAACCUCUAGCGGAGUGUCCGGUGUUAGUUCUGGAACCAGUAUCAACAUCACGGCCCCAGCAGCUAACAACACGGGAUCAGGAUCGGGUACCAACAACAACAAUAGUAGCAGUGGCACUUCCGGCAAUGUGUCUGCUUCCGCAGGCGUUGGAUCCGUUAUCGAUCCGUCGGACUUCGGGUCGGCGGCGCAGUUGCUUUUCCCCCCAGGCAGCAGCCUAGAUAUGGAUGACGGGGGUAAGUGUCUGCUAGACGUCAUCAAUGAUCCGCUGCUGUUUCAGUCGUUUUUCGAGGGCCGCGAAGAUGCUGACGGUGACGGCCUGUCGGCUAACAUGCUCGACCAACAUCUUGAGAGCCUCGCCCACAGCACCAGCGUGACUACCACCACAAAUGCCCUUGGUGGCAAUCCACUCGUUGAUGUUGGCGGCAACGCUAAUGCCGGCGGUGGUGGCGUCGUCGUUGGAAUGGGCGGAAACCUAGGAACCGUAGGACCCAACUCAGCGGGCGUUUCCCUUGCUUUGGGGUCCGCGAUUGCCGCGGGUGGUAUCACGGCUGCGGCCGCACUUAGACCGGUCUCUCUUGCAAACGGGGGGUUGAGCUGCCCCUCGCAGAGCUCUGCACAGUCAACGGGCUCGCCUGACGGUGCAGCGAACGUCCAUAGCAUAAGCAAGCAAGAGCGUCACGAACAACAGCAGCAACAGCAGCAACAACAGCAGCGACAACAACAACAGCAGCAGCAGCAGCAGCAAACGUCGUCACAACAAUUGACGCAAGUGUCCGUUGGGCUCAGUUUCGGUAGACUGGACGAUUUCAGUUUGCACGCGACCGGCGCGCAGAUACCGUCACAAAUUAAUCUUGAUCAGAUUAAUUUAAGACUCGACUCUAGCGCUCCGGGAUUAGAAGCCCUGCAGCAACAGCUGCUUUCCUCGCCCGCGUACCAGGCCGGUUUAAGUAAGGCUUUCAACGAUGUCCACCCCACGGCUACCAGCCACCCCCCGGGUCAAAUGCUCUCAAAUGGCCAAUUGUCAGCUGAUCUUGAAGGCUGUCUCAACGGCACAAGCGAAUCCCCUCCAACAACAAAAGCGACACCAAGCAGCAAUAGCAGUCCUAAUACGACGACGAAUAGUAACAACAAUAAUUCUUCUUCUUCUACGACAUCAGCGGCUACGCCGGCCACAGCAGCGCUUGCUCACACCAGUGGCAUCAGCAGUCACAGCAAUAAUAACAACAAUAACUGUUCCACGACUAGUAAUACGUUGAGCAACAGCAGCAACAAUCCUAGCAACCAACUGAGCGGCCAGCAAAAUCCGUCAACAACAGGAUGCGGAAGUGUCAUGGAGGUAGCUUCCCCCCAAGCGGGAACCGCACCACGUGCCUCAGUACCUCAUCAUCAGCCACCUCCGCCAACGGCGUAUUCGCCGGCCCCUGGACCCGCAGCUUCGCCAGUGCUUCAGGCUGGGGGGCUUGGAGGGGCAUCACCUGCUCCACCCCCAUCGCCGGCCGCCUUAGCCACGAGUCAACGAUCGACGCCCACGUUAUCGGGUGUAGCGUCGCCUUUGAUGGCUGGCUGUGUCAGUGGAGCGGGCCCGCAGAUCGUGAUUGCUGGCGGGUCCACGGGAUCAGGUUCAAUACCACCGCCUCCGCGGACGUUAACGCCGUCGCAAUCUCCGCGUCUACUCAACGGUGGCGCGUCGACGCCAAACGGACUAUCAGCGAACGCUUGCGGCGGAUCAAAUACGCCGGCAUCAAACCCUGCUACACCCGUGCCAUCAGUUACUUCGGACGUGAUCACUCCCUCGCCAAGUCCCCACCUGCAGCAGAUAGUUGUCGCGACCCAACCACAACAGCAACAACAGCAUAUAACACUUUCAACGACUCCAACGCCCCCGACGAGUUCACAACAGCCAACCUCUGUUGCUACAACGCAUCAAAUCCAUCAACAACAGCAACGACAACAGCAGCUGCUUCAGCAGGUGGUGGCCUCUGUGGCGAGCUCAACUGCGACGACAACCCAGACCUCAUCAAUAUCGGUUUCACCCGCCGGUCCACAGACGGGACAAGCCCCACAAAUCAUUCUUGGGCCACAACAGGCUGGCAUUCUGCAGGCCGGUGGCUCAAGUACCAUCUUGCUCAACCAGGCGAUGCUGCAGCAACAGUUACAAGCAGCCGCCGCCGCCGCUGCUGCCUCGUCGGGGCACACGUUGGCGGCCACAGCUGGCGCAGCGGGUGCCGCCUCCCACCAUCAUCACUCUACACAUCAUCAUCACCACCAUCAUCACCAUAGUCAGUCGGCGCAAGCACAGCCUCAGCCAUUGUUUGUGCAGUCGGUAAACGGCCAACUGCAGUUGAUUCAUCGGCCAGCAACGAUGCUGCAGCCACAGCAUGUGGCAGCUGGCACGGUCGGAGCUCCAAGUCAGCAGCAUUCCGGAGGAAAUGCUGCUGCAACAAAAGCAAUCAUGCUUGGCCACCCGGGUCAGCCGAGGCCGAAUUACGUGCUCGCCCCGAAGCUCAACCCAGGCGGAGGGCUAUCGUUCCAGCUGCAGCCUGCCUCCCCGCAACAACCCCAACCGCUAUUGCUCCAGCCGCAGCAGAUUAAUCAUGCGUCGCAGAUGUCGACGAUCCAUUUGACUGGCCCUGGCCCCACGUUCGUGCAGAUGGGCGCCACACCCGCGGCGGCGGGUCAGCCGCAGAUUAUUGCGACGGCCACGCCGCCGCUUCCUACAACGCCGUCCCCAGCACCUACGCCUAUGUCCCAGACACCAAGUCCGGCGCCAAGCAAUAGCAGUAAACCACCGACGCCCUCUGGCAGCAAGGAGGGCGGUGGUAAAGGCGGAAAGAAUGCUACGGGCGGCAGCGGGAAUAACAGCCAACAGCAACAAAACAAGGCUCGGCCAAGCGUCAAUUUGGGCGACCUUCUCAAGGAGCACGGUAUACUCGACGCGUCCCCGCCACCGUCGCCCACCCCACAGCCGACGCAACAGCAGGAAGCAAUCAUGGAACAGGCAGUACCGGCAUCGGUUCUCGAACCGCCCAAGAAGUCAGCGCUUCUCGAGCGGUUAACGUCCGCACCUCCACCUACUCCACCGGCCGCGACGCAGAAGGUGGGCGUGUUGCAGAUAAACGGGAAUAUGGUGCCGGUCGUCCUUCCACCCCAAGUGGCUGGUCAACUUCAGGCAGCAGCCGCCGCUGCCGCAGUCGGUGGCCAGCUGCAAUCGCUACAGGUGCAGCACCAUGGCCCUGGCGUGACGACCUCAUUAGGUCAGGUCACCAGUGGCGGCAAUGUAAUUACUGUACAGACGUCCCCCUUCCGCCAACAGCAGCAACAGCCGCAAUUAGCAGGUGUUGGUGCUCAUCAUGCCCAGCAGCUGCAGCAAGCUCAGCAACAACAUAUUCAUCAAAUGACUGGAGCAGCUGGUUCACUCCAUCAUCAUCAUCAUCAUCAUCAUCAUAGCCAUCAGGCACAGCAGCCACAUCGGGGCCCACAGCAGCAAGAACAGCUGCAAAUGUCUGCAGCAGGUGCGGUCCUUCCGAGUGCCCAUGCUGUUGUAACGAUGUCAACUGCGGCUGCGUCGGCGGCAAUAGCAACCCAUACGUCGACAAUGUCCACAGCAAACAUAACUAUUAAUAAUAGUAACGUUAGUAAUAGUACAGCCAAGAGCAGCCAUAGCAGCACAGAGGUAACGAAUAAUAAUAAUAGUAAUAAUAAUAAUAAUAAUAAUAAUAAUCCUACUAAUCUUACCAAUAGUGGCAGUAAUAUAAGUGCUAUGCAGCAGCAACAGCAACAAACUACUGUGAUUCAACCCGGAGCCCCUGGCCAACAGCCGAGAAUGGUGUAUCUGUCCGGCAAUGCGGCUAUCGGCGAGGGCGGUAAGGUGGUGUCGUUAGUGGGUGGGCAGAUUCAACAAGUGGGUUCGUUGGGGGCUGGCGGACAAGUUGUGAUCCGCCAUGGCGUUCCACCCCGUCCGCCGCAGAACUCGCCAAUCAACGACCCGUUAUAUGAACGGCUCAAGACGCAAUUAGCCGGUCUCAGCGCGCUAGAAAAUCCGACUGCGCAGCAACGCGUACUGCUGCAGCAGAUGGUGGCGUUGCAAGAGAAGAUGAAACAACAAGUCCAACAGCAGCAACAACAACAGCAGCAGCAGCAGCCACAGGUGGUAGCCGCUCAACCGCAGAUGGUCACAGCUCAGCCCCAUACGCAGCAGGUAUUGGUCACAACACCCGGCGGGGGACAGGUCGUCCUUGGCAGCGGACCCGUCGGAGCUGUGGGCCAACCUCAGAUUAUCACAAUUCAGCCCCAACAGCUUCAGCAGCUGCAGAAUGCUGCCGCUGCCGCUGCCGCAGCGAAUGCGCAGUCACAUCAGCGACCUCAACAGCACUUACGAACUAUCGCGCCAGCUCCGAGCGGCGUGCAGAUGGCGGCCUUGACGAGCGGUCUAAAAUCGACGGGACAGAUGGGAAUAACCGCGUCAGUAACAACGACAACAACGUCAACAGCUGCUGCAGCUGCGAAGGGUCCAACAGGAGCAGCUGGUGCUACGACUGCCACAGCUACCAUUGAUGGGAGUCAGAUUCUUCGGUUAGCCAACGGCCAGACCGCGUUGCUUAACGGCCCUCACACCUUGUCUGGUGUUGGAGGUAUACCACCUGGCGUGGUCGUUGUUCAGGCCCCUGCCUCGCAUCAGGUCGCGCAGCAGGUCGCAGCGACUGCAACAGGACAAACGGGCGCGGUGCAGAUGACUACCGUUUCGGUAACGCCUCAGUCACAGACGGGGGCUACCUCUGCAACGCAGCCAUCGUCACCGUUUGUAAACGCACUUAGCAACAGUCACGCAGGGACGGUUUCGACGGUCGGUGGCGCGGCACCAGCGGAUGGUGGAAGUGCAAUUGCUGGCAAGCUGCAACAGUCACCCCAUCAACAAGGUCUGUUACUAGGCAGUCUUGGCGGAGUUGGUGGUCUGGCGGGCCUACAAGGCUUGCCGGCCAACGCGCAACUUGUCAAGAAACUUGUCCUAGGCAACGUGAACGGAAUACCUACUGUGGUGCAGCUAAACGCAAGCCAGCUAAGCCAGCUGGGUCAGUUUGGCCAUCUGGCCACGUCCACUGGCCCUACGAGCAGUGUUAUACAACUGCUUCAACAGCAGCAGCAGCAGCAGCAACAGCAACAGCAGCACCAACAAGCGGCGGCGAAUCCGGCCCACCUUGGUACAACAGGACCGCAGCUAGUAGUCAGUACGGCUCAAGCUCAAUCAAGCUCAGUGUUAUCAGCGGCGACAUCGACUACAUCGAUGCCGUCGCUUAAUGUACAGGCGUCCGUUGCGCACCCACCUAUGGUUAAAUCUGUUAGUUCUCUACUCAACAAAAUAAUGAUCGGUAGCCAGACAGCAUCGACGGGUCAGCAACAAUCGGUUUCGAACGCGCAUGUAGCCGUCUCAAGCACGAUGACAGUUGUCAACAGUAGUCAGGCGACAAUUGCGCAGGCAGCCGGAGCGGUCAGCGCCCCUUGCACUAUGACAAGCGUGAGCAAUAGCUGCGGUAUGGGAUCCGCAUCAUCAGCAGUUACCGGUUCAACAACAACAACAACACAACAACAGCAGCUUGGACAGCCGGCAGGCGCUACUGGCGACACAGGUGGUCACCAGAUGCAAAUGAAGCUGCAGCCACCUGUGAUGCAGGCCGUCGUUAAAACCGAGGUAUGCGACUCCACUGUUGUGACACCACCAUCUGCCUCCCCCCUGCCGACGGUCCCUGGUCACCUGCAGGGCUCCGUUAUGGCUCAGCUGCAGGGGGUAACUAAUGCAGGUAGUGUUGGUAGCACGGUGGUCGGCGGAGCAGGUGUUGCUGGAGUCGGACUCGGGCUUGGAAACGGUGGCGGGGGUGGGGGCGGCGUCGUGGGCAGCACUGGAGCCACGUUAAUCGUCAGCUCAGCGUCAGCUCCAGCAACAGCUUGUCCAACUGUCCCAUCACCACUGCCCAAUGGGCCGCCCCUAGCGGCCGAAGCACCCAAUACGACAUCGCCGAACCCGCACCAACUUCUGCAUCAGCAAAAUGGCCAACUCUACCAGCAUCAUCAACAACAAGGCCAUCAGUAUCACCAUCAUCACCAUUCACAACAGAGUCACCAAAGCUUUCAUAAUCAAGGCAACAUGACUAUUACCUCAUCAACGACAAAUAAUAACAUCAUUUCCAGCAACUAUAGCCAACCACAGCAUCAGCCAAAUCAACAUCAACACCCUCAAACCAACAGUCAUCACAUCAUCAGUACAAGUGUCGAUCAAGUUCUCAGCAGCAACAACAACAACAACAACAACAGCGUUAUAACCCCUACUACCACAAGCUUAAGCCAGCAACAACAACAACAACAACAGGCUCAACAGGCCAUGAGGCAGACGAUCGCGCAGUCGUCUACAUCGCCGCAUAUCAACGUUUCGCCGAUGUCAACGCCAUCUUCAAUGGCCGCCACUGUAGUUGCGAUUUCGCAGACCCAGGCCACGUCGACUCCCUUGAUCUCAAGCCCCUCGACCGCGGCCUUAGCGGGUUCCCUGCCUUCAGCCGCGGUGGGCUCCACAUUCCAAGCGCCUUCCGGAGCACCGGACGGUGCUCCUCCUGGCAGCGUGACCGAAUUCCCCCGUGCUGUGAUGGCUGCCCGCCACACCUUGAAGGUACAGGUGCCCAUUAGUGUCUCCGUGCCCCACAUUAUCACGAACACUUGCAGCAAUAACAACAACAAUAAUGUAUUUACCAACACCGCGGUAAACCCCGCCCUUGCAAGUUCUGCCGUAAAGACGACUCCGCCCAAAAAGAAGAAAAAGAAAAAGACGAAAAAGGAGAGAGAGAUGGAACAGCCCGAAAGGGAACGGGCCGCGAAAGAAAAACUGACAUUGGCCACGGUCAAAACCGAAACCGGUUCACCACCGCCACCGUCGAUGACAACCCUGACGACAACAUUGACUAUGCCAGCGACGCCUAUGCCAUCGGCACUGACCACGAAUACGGUGAUGGCAAAUACGCCGAUGGCGAAGGUUGUUAUUAAACAGGAUCUGUCCGUUAGUCCUCAGGCGAAUGGGGAUCUUGAACUGAUUCAGCCACCUGCUCUAAUCCCUACUGUGCUCACCGCCGCCCCAUGCGCAAGUGGGACAACACCUGCACUCAUGGUUCAGAAGCAUAUUCCUUCCGUCGUAACACCAACCGCUGCAACACAAAUUGCUCCUCAGACGACGACAGCAGCGGCAACAACAACAACGACAACAACAACAACAACAACGACGACGACGACGACGACGACGACGACGACGACGACGACAACAACAACAACAACUACUACUACCACUACAACAACUACAACAACAAGCGUGAAUCCUGUGAUUAAGACGAAGGAGUCCAAGGAGAGCAAAGCAGAAAAAGAAGGUCAUCACCAAAAAGGCGGCGUUGGUACAGCGGCAACCUCUGUUAUCGAAGCGAAGAAUACGAAGGAUUACUCCAAGGACACUGGCAGUGGCGGCAAAGAGUCGAAAUACGACUCAAAAGAUGGCGGAGGAAAAGGCGGCAGUAACGCGAAGGUAGUAAUUCCAGCGAUGACAAAAGCGGCCAAAAAACGCCAGGCGGCUAAGGAGCGGGAGAGGCUCGCCCAGGAGAAGUUCAAAAGGCAGCGUUUCGAGCAACGUGUUCUCAACGACCAAAAAGAGGUGCUGACGCCUCGACUCGAACCGUUCAAGGAACGACAGGAGGCCAUCAAGCGGCUGCUGUCCUACCACGUGGCGGACGUGGCCGAGCCUUCGGUACUCGCGCUGCAGGAGUGCGACGCUGCCUUCGAGCGCCUCUCCGCGCGGAUGCUUCAGGCAAAGGAGCAUCUCAUUUCGCGCUUCCAUCUCACGUCACUUAAGUCCGGCAUGAGCGAUACGCCAAUGCAUGAAAGUCUACUGGUAUCCCGGCUACUACUCGAUGACGAAAAGCAGUUGCAAUCCGAACGUGUAGAGGAGACGCUCAGCCUAAUGGAGGAGCCUGAUCCCACUGACUUCUUCCCGCUGCCAACAUCCUCACCACAUCAAUAUCACGAUCACCAACAACACCAUCACCAGCAGCAGACGACAACAACUGCGCUGGCAACUGCCACUGAAACAGGAUUCGACAGGGCCGCUAGCGGCUCGUGUCUUAUGGACACGACGCCAACAACGUCGUGCGGCGGCAGCAGCAGCAGCGGUGCUGGUCGAAAUGAUGAAACGCGAUCCGAUAUGCUGCUCCCGGAUGAUCUCGACGAGGACCGUGACGCCGAUCACGAUCAGGCCGAAAGUGGCGGAGGUGGUCGUGUAGACGCUAUGUCGCAACCUACUGUCGAUGACGAUCACGAGCAGACCGAUCAUGAACGCGAGGACGACCCGCUGCAACUGCACAACCAGCGAAGCCGUUGCACGACCGACGUUGACGAAUGCGAAGGCGCCGCUGCUAAUUUGAUGCCGAUACAUGAUGAUCAUCAUCAUCAAUCUCACCAACCUCACCAUGAUCAUCAUCACCACCACCACUCUCACCAUCAUCACCACCAUGAUGAUGUGCAUGAAGCAGACAGCAUAGACCUGGACGAAGGCGCUUCGUGCCAUUCGGUCGGCGGCACGCUGGGCGACGGAGAUGGCGGUUAUUCCCGAUUAGCCUCCCUCAGCGUCCCCAGUGUACCAAGCGUUCAUAGCGGCCACAGCCAAGCCGCUCUCGGUGAAGAUUCGCUAUCCGAGCUCGUCACCGAUGGCCAGCUACUGUCGAAUCAGCUGCUGGCACAGAGCGAUGAUCCCGACCUAGACAACGCGGUUAACUCGAUCCUGUUCGCGUAGUAGAACGGUUGGAAUCAGUGGACAUCCGAGGACAGUACAUUAAUCUAAACAAAUGUUGUUAAAGAAAAGAGCCAUGGAGUUGGGCGAGAGAAUUCGAUAUGGUAAUAAUGACCGAUUGCUUCAUACCUAUGUUAUAUAAUAAUAUAUGUUAUUAUAGGCAGUAUGGGAGUGUGCUUACCACUAUGCACGAUACGAAAAACGGAAAAGUUGAUUAGGGGAAAAGUCAAACUUUUGGAAACACACAUUAACCACUAUUUAGUGAAUUUGUUUUUCCACUAUCAUGGAAUUUUUAGAAAAUCAUUAACAGCGUAUAACAUCAAUAGAGGUAAAACCAACAACAUAUUACGUGGUCAUCUGUGUGCGAGAUGCGUACGAAGAGGCGGCGUUUUCUCGCGUUAAGUACGGCAUAAUACAACGAGAUAGAGAUAAUAGAAAGGAUGUAUUGACAACGAGCGAGGCAAUAUGGCCAUGCAACGUGGCACCCUCACGAAACGACCACGAUCUUCAAUAUCGUUCAAAGCUGCCCCCGCCCUCCCCCUCCCAGUAAGAAAUAGCGGCCGACGAAGGAUUAAAUCGAUUACUACGAAUAGCGUCAUAAUCAAUCGUUUAUCCGCUAAUCAACGCGACCCGGACCGACGAGCGGAUGAUUAACACGAUGCGCCGGUUAGCAGACGACAAAAAGAAGACAGGCGACAAAUGAGGUUGUCUGAAAUGUCUGCACGUGUACGAAACAACAGACUUCGAGAUAGAGUCGUUCAACUGUACAACACAAACAGGUGUACAUUGACUAUGACUAUAGUGAGGUGGAAUGAAAGAGGAGCGUAACAGAAAAUGACGAUGCAAGCGAAAUGAAGCAGCGCGGCGCGAGUGCACGGGAAAGCCGUGUUCGUCCUUCUUUAUGAAGGAGGAGAAGAAGACAGGAGGCGCCAGGCCGAUUUUUACAACAUCGCGGCUCGCUUACCAGCUCAGACGGACAGUGGCGCGAAAUAGGUCGAUACCAAUGGUCGGAGAUCAGUGCGGAAGCCUUAACGAGAAAAACGGGAUACUCUCAGUUUUAUCACGCUACCAGAACAGAUCAUUACAUCGAAUCAUCGAAAUUCAACGUGACAGCGGAGAAAAAUCUCGGCGGCGUAUUGAGAGACGCAGAGACCUUACAAUGACUCCUGGGAAGAGGAAAUGUAACAGUUUAACAAUGACGAGAAUGCGACAAUUAUUAUGAAAAGGAAACAAAACACACGGUCGUCAAAGUUGCGACGAGACUUCGCCCAGAACGUGCAUGAAUAACAUGGCUAGAAAGCAGACGCAAAUAAAAGAAUAACGUAUUAUUAACUAACGCAAGCAUGCCAGGGAGAGAAGUAUCACGAUUACUACCUCUAACCACAAUUUCUUUAGAAAAUGCUCGAGAGGUUACGAUUGUCAACUGAAGUACGAACGUGAAAAGAAGGUCAGUCUAAACUAGCAUGAUACUCUAUAUAACAGAACUGACUGAAGCAAUCAGUCAGAGGAACGUAGCGCCAUAUAAUGAACAUGCGAGAUGGAAGAAAGUGAUGGGUCGAUAUGCUGCUCAGGAAUAGGAGACUCCUCUACCCGAUACUCAGCCGGCCUGGACACUCCCGUAGCAAUUAAAGCGAACAAGCAAAUGAGCUAUUGAUAACGCAAGUGUGCCUCUCUAUACAGAUCGCGUCAUCGAAAUGGCAAACAGAUACAGGUAAGGACCAACACGGCAUUCGUUCAUUGUCGAUGAAAGGCAGUGAAGUGUGAAAACAAGGAUAUAUAACAAACGCUGACUGAUCAUUGUUAUGAUUACUAUAGAGACACGACAUACAAGUGUUAAUACGAUAUAAGUUAUGGCUGUUGAUUUGUCUGUGACUUUUGACAACUACGGCUGGGGCAGGGAGUGUAAACGUGCUAAGCUGACAGAACUAACAGCUGAUGGUGAAAUCGCAUGUAGAAGUGACCUGAAAUGGCUGGCUAGAGUAUAGAAAUGACAUUAACUCAUCUUCAUCGUUACCAGUAAUAUUUUAGAAGUUACACACGAAAAACAAACGAACGAUCCAGACUGUUUUGACCGACAAAAGGCAUCCUAUCGUUCGCUGCGUCAGUGUAUACAUGACAACACUUCGCCGAUAGCAACAUUAGAACAAAAGUAUUCGGCAGCCACAUAGGCGACAAAAUCGGGCAAAAUGACUGGUUUUUCCAACUAUUCCUUGUCGAUCUAUAGCUAUUAAACUGUCGAUGAAUUAGUAGAUAGGUACUCAUCCAUAUCAAACAACGGGUCCGGGCAAUAGCCAGAUUGAUCAACGAUUAUGAUUCCGUUUGUUGUGUUGAUGUUGUUACACAUAUGGGGCGGUGCUUUGUGUGUAUUGAUAAUGACAGGGAGGAUAAAAUGGAGACAAGCAAAUGAUAACGCGACAGAAGGAGCGAUACCAGUAGAGAGCGCAGAACUCUAACGAAAUCAUAUAUACAUAUAUAGAUAUGUAAUGAAAUGUGAGCAAGCCGAGAAGACGUCCAAUUAAGAGUUCGGUAGUAUUAUAGUACGCUUCCGUGUAAACACGAGGUGUGAAUGAAACAAAGGAUAUCACUUUGCUAAUACUUGGUACACCAGAGCUUCAGGAUGAAAACGCAUGUAAAGAUCUGUGUGGGAAUGUACGAGUUUCCGGUCCCCAUAACGAAGCGAAUUUGUUUCCGGGCUAGUUUUUGUUAGUCGCGAGUCGUUACGGUGUUCGACGGUCUAGGACUGCCGUAGUCUAGAGAUCCGCGUUUGUCUGUCGUGGGUCUCUGGCUCCGUGGGCAAUAGGCAAUAAUAAUACCUGGGUUAAGAAAAAGGGACAUCGUUAGCAUGCAGAUCAAUAGAGAGAAUGACCGUUGUGAAUGCUAAUGGUUUUUUGAUUUCAAUCUCGACGGUGACGAUGACUAUUAUUGGAUAUUUCACAGAUUUCGGAACAGUCCUUCCGAAAUGGCGUCGGUGUCCAUAACCGUAAUUAGUGCAGCAGCUAUUAUUAUAGGCAGACGUCUACAAUUUAUGAGCUAUAGCUGAUAUUUUUGCGAAAAUAGACUCGCUUUGCUGAACUCUAUUUUUGAACACGCUAGAAACUAGCGUGACAUGUUCUACAGAGCUCGAUAAUAUUCUUGGGGUUCUUCUUUGUUUGAUCAAUUCAUAGUUUGUCAUAUGGCUAUCGAGCGACUUAGAUAUGGUGCGCGUCACCUGUGUUAUUGUGUGGAACAGCUGGGAGUACUCGUCGUGUGCGUGUGUGUGUGUGUGUAUAUGUGUGUGUGUGUGCGUGUGUGUCUGCGCAAGGAUGUGAACGGAGCUGUUGGUGCGGGUGCUUUGAGGGGACAUUUAGGUACUCAAGAGUUCAUAAUAGCGACAGUGACCGUAGACCGCCAAAUCGAAUUGUUGUCAGUACCCCCGGAGCUAUAGCUUUGUGACAACGUUCAUCAGACGCAAAUUAGGCCUGUUCUUUUUUCAACUCGCUGAUUUUCCUCAUGUGAUCAAGACAGUAAAAAAAAGGAUCCUCUUGAAUAUAAAUGACUAUGCACUUAUUACGCUUCCUCUGGAGCAACAAAGAUGUAUUUGAACUAGGUUUUUUUUUUCUAUAUCGUAAUGCUCAUUGUUUUCGACUCCUAAGAGAAAUACAGAGCUGAGCUGAGCUGGUUUAACCCAAAUGGUUGCGCAACGCACGGAGACAAAGCUCAAACUGACCAGGGGUGGGAUUAUAGGCCGCUUACUUAAUUAUCACCAGUUUAAAGGAAAAGGAUGUUGUCUAUUGUGUUAAAACAUUGGGAGAACGGCAUUUUUUACGAGCUUACCUGCUCGCUGUACAGAGUCCAGCAUAGAUAAAUGGUGUAUUUUGUAUGCGCAUGUGUGUUUGGGACGGAUCUAGUGUGAAAUAAACAUUGAACCAUGUUGUUUGUAGCUUUCAGUUUAGCCAGAUUAUGGCUCGCAAUUCCCUUCAACGUUUCGUCUUUCUUUUGAUUUCCUGAUCGCAAAGAGUACGCCAUUCUGUAUGUCAUAUGUUUGUUUCGUUACCAUCGUCAUUGCUGCUUCUCUAUUUGGUGCAGUCUGUCAGAAACUUUUACGACGCUAUCUUUUACAUACUUUAGUAGUCUAUUCAUGUUUGUUACGAUUUAAAUACAAGGUGAAAACUUUAAUUGUUUGUCCGCCUACAAUGAAGCUUAUCUGUAUGUAAGUGCGUGUUGACGUGUUUAAGAGUCUGUGGUGUAUAUUUUUUCUGUAUAGCGCCACGUGCGAACGCGCGACAUGAGCGCGUAUCACGUUCGCGUUUUGCAGGUACACUCCAAUGGUGCGCGAAGCGAGGUAUUAGAUCGAUGUUGCUUUAUAAUUAGGGGCGUAUUUUUGGAACGUGAAUUCGAUUAAGGACCUCUAGAAGAAAACAUCAGGGAGAAUAGCUUAAGGCCGACGGAAUCGUGAGUUGUUCUACGCUAUGAGAAUACAGGCUUUUGUGAAACAGGUGCACACGUGAUUUUGAGCUGACAGUCAAUGGCGGCAAUUGUACCGGUAGAACGCGAUAUGGGACGCAAUUCGUUAGCACCUUUUAACCCGUUGCUUGUCAUAAAUCGCGCAAAUAAGAUUGCAUAGAACGAGAGACAGGUAAUAUACGACUGACAUAUAUGAUCAUUUACAUAACAACUGGCGAACGAGUUGAUUGAUGAUGACGCAAGAGGAAUACUGCUACGCUUAUCGAGGGAAGAUAAACAUGAUUUCCAUUAUACACACCAUCACGCUAAUCACAAAAGCAACAAUUAGUAACAUUGUAAUCAAUCAGUUAUUAAAGUGCGAUUGUAACAAGGAAACAGGGACAAAAACGAAAACGAUGUAAACAUGACGAAAAAUAAUAACACGUUUCAAUGUUUUUUUUUUUUUGUAAAUGUAAUAAUACCAAUACCACUAAUGAUACUUGAUAAUUACAAUUACCGAUAUAGUAGCAGCUUGGAGUUGGAAGUGCGUGAUAUAUAUAUAUAUAUAUAUGGAAUUAUGAAGAUAUCCGGCAAAAGAGAUUAGAGUGUAAGAAAACCGUGACGGAAGUUCAUCACCUGCGCUAUAUUGACGAUAACAAGAGCAACAACCACAACAAUGACGCAAUUAUUAUUACUAUGAAAUGCUAGUAACUACUGCGAUCCAAACAAGGUGAUGACUCAAAAUGAUAGAAAUCGCUGACCCGAAUCGUUUUCGUGAACUGUAAAAUGACAACACAAAAGCAUCUGUUCCAUCAUUUUAUAAUUGGAGGGAAACAAAAUGAGAGAACAACUGCUAUGGCUGCUAACGUAGUGAAGUCUUCUCUACAACUCGUAUAUAUAUAUAUAUAUAUAUAUAUAUUUAAUGAAGAUAUGAAAGCACC